UGCGUCAGGAUCCAGCGUUUGGUUCCUUCUCGGCACUUACGGAGUUUCAGCAGUCGACCAGAACAGCCAAAACAUUUCCUCUUUUCGCGCUCUCAGGUUAGAGACGGAAGAAGUUUUGAGAAUUAAACAGCUGGAACAAUCUUCUGAGUGGUUGGAUGAUGGAUUCACGGAUUUUUCUCCCUGCUCUCCUGCUCGUCCUCGGUUUGGCGACAGUUUUCGCCCAGACUUCCGCACCUGGCCAAGCUUGUGAGACGAAGAAUGGGACAACCUGUGACGAAUGUCUGAAAAAUGUGUCGUGCUUGUGGUGUAUCAAAACGAAGUUGUGUAUAACCUAUCCAGUGAGGACCAUCCUUCCACCGCAUUCACUCUGCCCACUGAACGAUGCACGCUGGGGGCUCUGCUGGAUGAACUUCCAGAUUUUGAUAAUCACCUUGGCAGUGGUUGGUGGCAUUAUCAUCAUUGCCUUCCUGGUCUGCCUGUUCUGCUGCUGCAAGUGUGAGAACUUUGGAUCCAAAAGGUUCGAGGCCAAGAUGCAGAGACAGGGCAAUAAGAUGAAAACCAAGCAGGAAGAAAGGAAGGCAGAGAUGAAGCAGAGACAUGAGGAAAUCAGGAGUAAAUAUGGUCUAAAGGGGCCAAAUCCAUACUCCAAAUUUGCAUGAGAGGAUCGGUGACCUGAGAUUUACACCACGACCCCCCUGCUUUUCCCUGAACUCUGACCUAACACAUCAACAACCUGUCCUGUCGUUGGGACUUGAUCUGAGGAUUAAUGUAAACUAUAAUCAUGAUAAAUUCAGAAAAGUGACAGUAGUUUUGUACAGGCAGUCUCUGGCUUCAUCCAGGCAAUGAAUAGGAAUGAUUGUUUUCAAUGUGAUGACCCUAGAGGCUGAAACUAAAGGCUAGAAUAUAUGUAGCAGCAGUGUUCUUCAUCCUGUGGCUCCUGCAGCAUCAGUCUGCUUAAGUCUUAAGUGUAAUUGUAAAGAAUGGAAAUAAUCUAGUUGCAUCUCCAUCUGCACCUUUUCAGAUUUCUGUUUUGUUCCCCUUAAGUUGCUGCUGAUUUGGAGAUAAAACAAAUUAUUACCUAUUUUUCUACUUAGUGUGAUUUUGUUCUUCAAAUUGACUCCUUCCUAUUCUGAAAUGUACUUGUUGGAGGCCAUUUUUGUUGUUGCUGUUGGUUUUUUAGGUUUGGAAAAUGUCACAAAUACUUUUCAGCGUUGCACUCUGAAUUUCUAAAGUAAUCAUUAAGUUAAGCUGAAUGUGUCAGUUUGAAGUCUGCCUAAUUCCACAUUUGCCUGUAUAUCCUGUAAAGACACAUACACCUAUUAAAAUAAUAGACUGGUGAUUAAUUCCUUCAGUAA